CGAAAGACCUGUGGGCGGACAACAGUCGUGCCCACGAGUGAUCCGUGUCGAGCGAGAGAGAUUUUGCUGCUUCAGUGAGAGCAUAUGGAGGACUUGUUGUAAAUGACAGUGUUGUCUUUCUCUUUGCACCGGCAACAUACUUCAUACGAGGAAAGUGCAACAAGAAUUUGUAAGAUUUGUAUCGGUUUGAGGAAAUAGAAUUAUGGCGGUGGAGGUGCCCGCCGCGCUGCAGCCUGCACUGCAGCAGGUUCAGAAGUCUCUGGAGCCUCUUUACGAAUUCGGAAGAAGUACGGCCUCCAAUGUGGAAAAGCGUGCCAAGGAAAAUCCUCUGCAAGCGCUUGCCGUCACUGCAAGCGGGGGCAUCGUGACCGGAUACUUGCUCAGUAUUUUCAUCGCGCUUUUUUGUUUGUAGCUUGAUUGAUGGACGUGGAAAAUCUGAUGCGAAGAUGAAUUUCAUCACAUUAACAUAGGUCGGCUCGCAGCAGUUGCCUUUUCGCGAAAAACGGCGGCCAAAAAGGGCAAGGGAUCCGGUGGAAAAACAAGGGUGUACUUUUUGAGGCACGGGGAGUCCACGAACAAUGUGCGAACAGAGGAAGCUUUUCGUGAACCCGAUCCCGGUCUAACCACGCUCGGCACACAGCAGUCCGCAAACAUUGGCAAUUAUCUGUAAGCAAAUCGAUAAUUGUGUUUCUCGGAUUUCUUCCUUCGAAACGUAUUGGUUGACUCGGCCAUGCUCCAGUGAAGACAUAAGUGUCCACAGACAACAUGAUCCAGUGAAGACAUAAGUGUCCACAUUCAAAAUGCAGGUCUAAACUCGCUUCGUACUACAACUUCAAGCAAGUGUUUGUGUCACCCAUGAAGAAAACCCUCGCGACAGCGUCCACUUUGACCAGCUUCCUUGCAGCAACACCAGCAACUGCAUCGAUCCAUUGCGAGGUAGUACAUACGUCCUUACACCUAGUUGUGAAAGGAAUUAUGUACGAUGUUGCGAAUGGAUAAAGAAAAGGGUAUCCACAGCAAUUGUGCAAAGAGAUACACUGAGGAUUGGUUAGUAUACUUCUUCGAUCUGCGAGAAGUCAAAUAAUACGCCACUAAAAGUACGUUUUCAACACACCAAAUAAAGGCACACCCACUGAUUUACGAGUUUGGAGGGCUCUUCGACGAGAAGUACGGAGCAAGCAAGGGGUUGACAAGAGCGGAAAUGCGCGCGAUCGCGCCCCAAGUGAAGUUACCGGAGGACGCGGAUAAGAAGCUCGCGUUUCCAUUCCCAGGCGAUGACAGCGACGGCUGGUAUGAACGCAACGCGAAAGAGAGCAACGCAGAUUACCUCAAGAGGGUCAGUCAAGUGGCAGACUGGCUCUGGUCGCUCGACCAAGCAACCUUGGUAUUGCAUCUUCGACGAGACUUCUUAUCGGUUGUUUUGUGCAGAUGUUGCUUCUUGCCUUCAUUUUUUUUUUCAGAAGGAUGGAAAAAGUCGUGGGAAUGAAAUUUUAUACUUCACAGCUGGUGACGCACGGGAAGUUUCUCGACACCCUAUUGAAAGUGCUGCUGCGAGUACCGAGCGCGUUGGAAGCCGAUUCCCCCUGCAUUUUCCUCCAUGGCGGCUGCGCUUUCUCCUGUGUAGAAUUGGACCACGACACGGGCAAGGUUGGGGUCAUGUACCUGAAUCAACCUAUCGUCUCCGAGUCCCGUUUGCGCACCGGGCACAAAAUCGCGGGCUUCUCCCUGAAGCAGUGGUAAUGGGUGAAAGGUCGAGGAAACCUGCAAGAAACUUCACCUCGGUCGUGGGAACAACGGUCAACGCGCUAGAAAUAAAUAAGCUCUCUGAUGUAGUAACUAUCUUGUUCAUCCAACUCGAUGGAAUUAUCGUGCCCGUAUUUCUUUCGUUUUAACUACGCAAUUCAAUACACAAAUCAGAGCUGCUCCACUACAAGCUCAAUGUCUAGCUGAAGAUGAAAAAACUAAAGUCAAAAGGAAAGGUGAAGAUGGUGUCAGCGUCGGAUUACCAAGUCGUCGAGAAAGAACGCACCAGUUGAACCGUUUUAUGUACCUAAAGCAAAAUCUACGUGAGCAGUGCAUGUCUUAAUCUUACUUUCAGAUCAAUCACGAGCGACGCUCGGGAAUACAGACAAAUUUCUAGAAAUGCAGGAAGUCGCUACAUUGGACUUGAAUGAUAUUACCAUGAAAUGUAACAAAUGAUUUAUCCCCAUGAUGGCUGCUGGACUCCUUGCAAAAGUCAACGAAAGUCACAUUUUGGUAGGAGACGCAAGCAAGGAACACGACCUUCUUCGGGAGUAAGUUCGCGCCAUCAAUAUUUGAGGUUGAUGACAUCAGGGCUAAUCUGUUGGAAAGGGUUGCAGGAAUGCUGCAUUUUGUUUGUGGAGCAUUUUGGGGCAGAUAAGAUGCGAGCAUUUACUACUGUUCGAACAAGGUGGGGUCCGAGAGAUGGAUUCGGG